AAGAUCAGAACGCAUGGAAGUUGUUUACAUCGUAAUAAUUGAAUAUAUCUAUAUUUAAAUAAAAUAUAUGUACAUAAUUGAGUAAAAAUAUUAAACAUAAUGAAUAUACUCAGGACAAUAACAUAUAUACCAUGCAGAGCAAUUAGUAGAAAAAAUGCUGGCAUUAAAAGUAAAUUAAAAAUAUUAAAAAGUUCUGGAUACGAAGAACCUAACCUCGAAGAAUUAGAUAGUCAUGAUUUAGAUGAAUUUGAAGCAGAAUUCAUGCACGCUGACAAGUUUCAUGAAGAUUAUGAACAGGAAAAAAUAAAAUCUAUACAAUUACUCAAGAAACGAAUUGUUGCGUCAAAAUAUUUUAAAAAAGACAAGGAUCCUAAUUUCCUUACUAGCAUUGAAAAAGAUCAAAUAAGGAAGCUACAUGAAAGCGACCCAGAAGAAUGGACAGCAGAAGUGUUAAGCAAAAGUUUUCCAGCUUUACCGGAAACAAUUAACAAAAUUUUAAAAUCUAAGUGGUCUUACAGAUCAGUUGAACGAGUCUUGCAAUAUGAUGCCACUGUUGUUGAUAAUUGGAAACUAUUUCGAGCAGGAAAGUUACCUGUUAGUUCUGUUUUGCGAGAACAUUUAGCAAAAUUUCAAAAUAGAACAAUAAUGUUACCCGACAGACAUCUCUUAGCAGAGAAAUUAGUACCACCGAAAACUGAACUUCCAAAACCAAAAAGUACUUUUUUUUCAAAUAUCGUGCAAAGUUAUUUAGAUCAGGAAACAAAUAAUCAAGACGAUAACAAAGUAUUGCCAAGUGGUAAAGAGACAAUGGUAGAUACAAAACUUUUGAAAGAUACUAGUAAUAAUAUCAUUACAAAAAAUUUGCUCGACAAAAGAAAUUUAAUGGAAAAAGAAAUAUUGCAUAAAAAUAAUACAGCAUUAAUCAAACGCAAACCAAAUUCAACUCAACCAAAAAUUACUUUCAAUGAGUUUGCAAAGAAGGAACUUACAAGAAUUUAUGUAGAAAGGCCGGAAGAAGCUAUUACAUUAAUACAUGCAUAUCAAAAAUACCUUAACAAAGUUGAUAAUACAUCUUCUGAUAUUGAAGACGCUAUUAUACAAUCAAAACAUGUACAACCAUUAAAAGAAGAAGAAAAAGAAGAUGAAAUAAAAGUAAAAAAAGAAAAUUUGAAUUCUUGGAAUUUAGAAACAUCAAAUAAAGAAAAAGAAGAAUUAAAUUCUUUAAAUUUAGAAACAUCAAAUGAAGAAAAAGAAGAAUUAAAUUCUUUAAAUUUAGAAAUAUCAAAUAAAGAAAAAAAAGAAUUCAAUUCUUUAAAUUUAGAAACAUCAAAUAAAGAAGAGGUAUUGAUUUCUUUAGACAAAAGUGAACGUCCACAGCUUGUUUCUACAGACAAAAUUGAUGCCAAAUUAGACACUUAUAUAAAGGAACGGAAUACAAAAAUAUCUGAAUGUGAAACAUAUUCACAGCCAAUACAAAUUCCAACAAAGUUAUACCAAAAAGGCAAAACUUAUAGAAUUUCUGAUUGUUAUUACGAUGAUGAUGGAGAAUUUUUAUAUAGAGUACCAGGUGUUAGGAAUUAAUAGUUAAUACUAAUAGAUAAUGUUGAAAAUUCAUUAAGACCACGCUCAAGGAAAUCAUUUGCCUAUUGUUAUAUUACAAUACGCUAAAAGACUAUUUUCAAGAGAUAGUUAUACACUUAAUUCUGUUUUUAUAUGAUAAAUACAUGUCCGAAGAAUACGUUUAAAAAAAUUCGUGUAAAAAAAUAUAUCGCAUCUAUCGACAAAUACAAGAUUGAUUCCAAUACUAUGAAAUCAACAAAAAUAAUCCAAUAAACCAUGAGUUUUCAAAAGUUUCUUCUUAGAAUUUGAGUCGAUUAUGUUAAAUCAAAAUUGUGUAAAAAAAGUUCGUGUAAAAACAAAAUUGGGUGUAUAUGUAUAUAUUUAUAUAAUUUCUAACUAUGUAAAUGUGCAUAAUCCAUAAUGUGUAUUGACGAAUAUAAAAUGUCUAUAUAAAAACAAUGAAUUAUUUAUAAAGAAAGAAACAUAAUAUCUUCACCUAUUUAGAU